GAUUCAUAACUUCCUGAGGCGCAAAUGACAUCCUGUACAAUUUUGUGGGCGGGCCAACCAGUGGCUGCUGCUGGUCGCCUGCGCAACAUGCGACGCUUACGCAGUCUCGAUAUUCGAUGCCGCGCAGUCGGCGAUAACGUGGGCGGGUGCUGCGUACGUAGUUUCUACGUUAAGUGGCGGGAGACCUCGGAGUCUACCAAAUCCAUCUUUUGUUAUUAUUCUCUGAAUGCCUCCUUAUGUAGGUAGGUGUUAUAAUACUAUUGUAUCCAUACUAUUCAUCUUCAUAUUCUUGCCGAAUGUUGAAAUUAUUGUCUACUAAUCAGUGUGCGCUCUGAUUGUCUUCUAUUGUGUCUCUUUUUCUUUUCUUUCAUUUUACCUUUCGAGUUUCAUGUCCCUCUUUUGACAUCAUUACACUAUUACCAUUACCAUUACCGACGAUUUUUGUUUCUCUUGGCGUGUAUCAUAGUAUACCUAGGAAGGUGACCAUGGAGAAACGCGUGGGCCAGAUGCGGCUUGCCAGAACGACGUCAAUAGACUUGGCAACUAUGGAGAAGAGAGCAGCCGAAAGCAGGUUACCAGCGCCGGGAGAGUUCGAUAUAGAUAGCGACAGUGUCAGCGACGCCGAGUCUCUGAAAUCAAAGAGCGGCUCGACAGAAACGACAUGGAUGUCCUUACCUAGAAAAGACCAAUUAGCGAUCCUAUUCCUCUGCCGACUGGUCGAUUUCCUACAAGUUGCAUCCUUACAGGCUUAUGUCUUCUUCCAACUGAAGAGCCUUGACGGCACUCUCUCCGACGCCCAGGUCUCGAGUCAGGCUGGAAUAUUACAAGGUGCUUUCACCGGUGCGCAAGUGUUGACCGCAUUCCUCUGGGGUAAAGCUGCGGAUGCUAGCUGGUGUGGUCGCAAGCGGGUUCUCCUUAUUGGACUUUUCGGCACAGCCAUAUCGUGCUUGGGCUAUGGAUUCUCGACUAGCUUCGCAUGGGCUGUAUUCUUUCGCGCUGCAGGGGGCGGCAUCAAUGGCACUGUCGGAAUAAUACGGACCAUGAUUGCAGAGAUUACUGUAGAAAGGAAGUAUCAGUCGCGAGCUUUUUUGAUACUCCCUAUUAGCUUCAGCGUAGCGAAUACACUUGGACCUUUGAUGGGAGGUCUGCUAGCAGAUACCUCAAGGAGUCUUCCAAGUCUCUUCGGCGAGGGUGCAUGUUUUGGGUUCGACUGGAUCCAAAAAUACCCCUAUGCGCUGCCAAGCGUCCUCAACGCCAUCACACUAACUAUUACGACUUUAAUCGUGUUUUUCGCCCUCGAAGAAACAUCGAGCAAGAGGAAGGGUAAAGAAGACGUCGGACUACGCCUUGCAUCCCAAAUAAAGGGAUACAUAUUCGGAAAGUCCGUUCAGGAGUAUGGCUUUUUCAAACUCCAACCCUUAGAUUCUCCCGACUCCAUGUCAGAACCUAAGGAUAGCGAAGACGAAUCAUUUCCUCCUAUUUUACAACAACCUAAGCGAGACGGACGAACACUGCCGUUCAGUCGUGUAUGGACGCGAAACGUUAUCUUCACUCUUAUUACCGAAGCUUUCUACGACUUCCAGCUCGGUGCCUUCACAAACCUAUGGACCCUCUUUCUAUCUACGCCCCGCUCUUCAUUGGAACAGGCGGCAUCCCGAUCGCUUCCGUGGGUAUUCACCGGCGGCUUGGGUAUGCCCGCCGCGACAGUCGGUCUCGCGACAUCCAUCCUAGGAAUUCUAGGCAUGGCUCUUCAGAUUUUCUUAUAUCCCCCGGUCCAUGCGCGUCUAGGAACUCUCCGUGGAUUUCGGUGGUUUUUACUCCUAUUCCCCGUGGCGUAUUUCCUUGCGCCGUAUCUUGCGGUCCUUCCUUCAUCUACUGAAUCGCCCGCGCCCGCAUCCGGUCCCGUCAUUUGGCUUUAUAUGACCCUGGUCCAAUUACUCCAAGUUAUGGCGCGCACCAUCACGCUGCCGGCUAGCAUCAUAUUGCUGAACAACUGCAGUCCGCACCCAAGCGUGCUGGGCCUCGUCCACGGCCUCGGACAGAGCGUCUCAGCCGGUUUCCGGACAGUUGGUCCCGUCGUUGGCGGUUGGUGGUACGGCGAAGGCCUAGAGAUGGGAAUGGUCGGCGCAAGUUGGUGGGCCGUUGCCCUAGUUUCUGCUCUGGGAUGCGGAUCUGCGAUGUUUAUUUACGAAGGGAGCGGGCAUGAAAUCCUCCUCGAGGGUGAGGAGGAUGAGAAACUUUUGGAAUAGGGGGCGGAUAGGGAUAGGGAUAGGGAUACGGACGGCCGGUUUUUUAUUCACGGGAUUAUUCAUGGGAUGGCAUAUACCCUGGCUAGGGACCUCGUAAAGAGGCGGGAUUCACUAUGUUCAACUUGCAUAAGCAUUAGCAUUAGCAUAUGACACAUUUAACACUGGAUUACUUUGUCUAUUGGACGAAA